AUGGACAAUUAAAUUGAGCCAAGUUUCAGAUCUUAAAGCUUUAUUUCAGAUGAAAAUAUCGAAAUGACACUAGCAAACAACUUAAUUGGUUUCAGAUUUGAAUAUGAUGUAAAUUUAAGCAUCGAAUCACUACAAGAAUAACAAAACUUAACUUAUGUUGUUUACUAAGCUUAUUAUCAAUAAAAAAACUAAACCAAUGAAGUUAAUUAUCCUAUUAAUAUUAUCGAAUGUGAUGAUCCUAAUCUAAUUGGCUAUAAAUGCUUAGACUUUUCAAAAGUAUCUAAUUAUACGCUAGCUCUGAACACAAAUACAAAUCUGCAAUCUUAAAUAUAGAUUUUUAUGUACGGAUGCUUGGAUGUUGAUGUUUUAAAAACAACAAUCCCAAGUAAUUGUGCAAAUUAAACUGACAUUGAUAACAUAAUUAAUGGUGGAAGUGCAGGUUUUAGACUAAAACUCUUUACUUCUUAGUAUAACACAACUUCUUAGGAAACAGAAGUUAACUAUAGAAAUGCUUAUGUUUAUACAAUAGCUUACUAAUAAAUAUUGUCUCAAUUAAUUGUUCAAAAACAAAUCACAUCUGUUACGAAAGGAUCCAUAAUAUAAACAGAAUCUGUUUUUUCUUCUCCUAUUUAGUAUAGAAAAGAAGCUUAAACCAUAGAUAGAUCAUAUGCCUUUAAUUAAAUAGGUGUUGGGAGUUAUAGCGUUUUGCUGAUAUACCCAGACGAAAUAGUUCAGCAAAUUAAAAUUUAAUACUCUUCUCUCCCAUAGGUCAUGUCUUUUGUGAAUAGUAUAUUUGCGCUUUUGAUGCUUUUUGGUUCAUUUGGUAGAGUGUUUUCUAAAAACUCUUUGAAGAAGGAUAUUUUUAUGCUUUUCUUAAAAAUUUUGUAUUAAGAUUAAUAUCUUGAAAUGAUGACUUUAAAUAAAGACAAUAAAAACAUGCAAAUGGAGCCAUAAAAUCUUCAGCUUAUUGCUUAAUAGUCAAAUUAUCAAGGAGAGGAGGAACAACAACAACAACAACAAUAAUAAUAACAAUAAUAACAAGAAGAUGAUAACAUUGAGUUCAAAGAAGAGGAAGAGUUAAAUCAACAGAGCUAGAUACCUUAGUUUAUGUAGAAAUCUAAGAUUUAAUUGGAUAGACAAAAAGCUAACCUAAAACUUAUAAAUUAUUCUGAAAGUUAGUCUCCUAAAAUACUAAAUUAAAAUGAUAGGAUUUUGUAAAAAUAUUAAGAAUAAAAAAGUGAGUUUUAAUAAGAUUAAAAUAGCAGUUUUACCUCUGUUUAAAAAUUAAAACAAAAUCUAUCUAACAUAAAACUUAUAUAUGACUUAGAGCAAAGCUAGUCUCCUUAUUUGCAAAAUAGAAGUGAUAGGCUUUCGUAAAAAUAUUUAGAAUAAAAAAGUGAGUUUUAAUAUGACUAAAAUAGCAAUAUUUUCCCCGCUUAAAAAUUAAAACAAAAUCUAAAUUUGAACUUGGGUACAGUUUCCUCAUCAUAAAUUUUUAGUUUCAGCUAUUAAAAAAAAUUUUAAAAAGAACUUAGUUAAAAUUACUCAGGAUAUACCUAAUCAUCUAGUCCUUUUAAGAAGAUCAAUCUUGGUUAAGAAAUUUAAACUAAAACACAAAAUCUAAUUAAGUCAAGACAAAUAAAUUUUAUAUUGAACACAUUAAAAGAUAAAUAGUAGGCAAUACAAAAUAAAAAAGUAUCAAAUUUCAUUUAGAGUUUCAUUUUUAAAGCAAAUAUUUGCAAGAAAAAAAGUAUCAAAUUAUAAAAUCUCAAAAAUUAAAUAGAAGAAAUUGAUUCUCAAAUCAAGAAAGAAAUGAACAUUUAAAAUAUUUUCAAAGACAUACAAUUUUUGAAAAAGGCAGUCAUGCUCAUUUUAAAUUCAGAUCAGCUAGCUGCUCUGCAGCUUAUUGGUUUGUCCUAAAAUUACUUAGACUUUAAAUUAAAGUCUAAAUUUGAUAAAAACUCUGACGAGUUAAUUCUAGAUAAGAACCUUUCUCACUUUGAAAAGUAGUUUGCUAUUUCUCAAUCUGAGUAUUUACAGUUUUGUGAAUUAGAGCAAUUCUUAUAAAGAUGCUCAAAAACUUAAAAUUUAAAAGAAUUGGACAAAAGAAUUUUAUCUUCGUUAAAAAUUGAUAAUUUAUGUUGA